AUGGCAUUCAGUUCACACCCAAGGCAAAAGAAUCUUUUCUCAUCGAUAAUCUCCAAAAUUAUUAUUUUCAUUAAACUAUUCUUUGAUAUUAUAUUUUUUUUACUAAUAUUAAUAAUUUUUAUUUCAUUUACUAUACUUUUUUCCUCACAUCCUUUAAGAAUAGGGUUAAUAAUCUUAAUACAAACUUUACUACUAUCAUUAAUUUUAGGGGUAUAUGCUAAUACUUAUUGAUUUUCUUAUAUUCUUUUUUUAGUAUUUCUUGGGGGAUUAUUAGUCUUAUUUAUUUAUGUCUCAAGAAUUGCAUCAAAUGAAAUAAUAAAAUUCUCCUUAAAAAUAUUUUUUUUUUAUAAUAACUUUUUUAAUAAUAAUUUUUUCAAUUUUAAUCUAAAUAAUGAAAUAAAUAAAUUAAAUAAUUACUUUAUAUUUUUUAAUGAAAAUAAAAUAAAAUUAACAAAAUUAUAUAACUCUCAAACUUUUUUAAUAAUUAUAAUAAUUAUUAUCUAUUUAUUUAUUACUUUAAUUGCUGUUAUUAAAAUUACUAAUAUUUUUUUUGGGCCACUACGAUCAUUUAACUAAUGAAAAAAAAAUUUCACCCUCUUCGAAAAACUCACCCAUUAUUAAAUUUUUUAAAUAAUUCUUUAAUUGAUUUACCUUCCCCAUCUAACAUUUCAAUUUGGUGAAAUUUUGGUUCACUUUUAGCUUAAUGCUUAAUCACCCAAAUCUUAACUGGAUUAUUUUUAACCAUAUAUUACUAUGCAAAUAUCGAAUUAGCUUUCUAUAGAGUAAAUUAUGUCUGUCGAAAUGUAAAUUAUGGGUGGAUAAUUCGAACCUUACAUGCAAAUGGAGCAUCAUUCUUUUUUAUUUGUAUCUACAUUCAUAUUGGACGAGGAAUUUACUAUGAAUCAUUUAAUUUUAUCAAUACUUGAAUAAUAGGUAUUAUUAUUUUAUUCUUACUAAUAAUAACAGCAUUUAUAGGAUACGUCCUUCCAUGGGGGCAAAUAUCUUUUUGAGGAGCAACAGUUAUUACAAAUCUAUUAUCAGCCAUCCCAUAUUUAGGAAAUUCACUUUUAAAUUGAAUUUGAGGAGGAUUUGCUGUAGACAACCCAACAUUAACUCGAUUUUACACUUUUCAUUUUCUUAUACCAUUUAUUAUUUUAGCAAUAACAAUAAUUCAUUUAUUAUUUUUA